GCUCGCUCUCUUUCUCUCUAUAUGAUCAUGGCUGCGCUCAAACAUUACCAGCCAUGUUUGCAAAUCUGAAACCCAAAGGUUAGCGAUUUAGCCGUUUAUUAUUUACAUCGCUUACACUCUCUUCAUCAACACUGGUCCAUUGCCGGGGGACCAGAACCCCUGUCUCCUGUGCGAUCGGCACAUAUCAAGAUGGAAGCAAAUAACCAUUUUAACUACGGGCCUCACUCUUCUGUGCCAGUUAACUCAGGACUGAAGCAUUCCUCAGGAGAUUCUCUCUAUACUAACGGGUCCUCCAUGAGCUUCCCCCAGCAAGGGAAAAAUCUGAAUGGCGAAAUGAAUGUGAAUGGCAUUACUACUGCAGGUGGGAGCACCCAGCCCAGCGCCCACCCUCCCUCUUCCUCAUAUCCUCAAAUGAGCAGCCAUCUACUCCCAGGCAGCAUUGGAUAUGACUACCUGUGGGGCCAGUCUCAGUACAACCCAGCUUUGGGGCCUGUCCCUCCCCACGGGUUGCACCAGAAACCAGGCUCCCAGGGGGGGAUACAACCACAGCAGCCUCAGCACCACUUCCAGGGGCAUGGACCGUACCAAGUCAACGGCAGUGUAGGAUCGUCCCGGCAGGCCCCUGGUGCUGGGCCGCAGUAUUGGGCAAGGGGUAAUCCUGGGCAACAGCAGGGGGGAUCUUCGAUGUCCAUGGGAUUUAACUCUCACAGCAUGUAUGGGACUUUUCCCAACCAGGGGCAUCCUGGCAUCCCACCAUCCCAGCAUCACCAGCAGCCUCCAGCCGUGCAGCACCAGUCUGCAACGACACAUCAUCUCCAACAUCAUUCACACCACCAAUCCCCUCAACACCAGCAGCAGCAGCAGCAGCAUUAUGGCAUGAUGCCUAAUGGAAUGCCAUUUUACCAGCAUCCUUCACACCAGUCCCAACCGCAGGCCCAGACUCAGUCUCAAUCCCAGACUCAGAUGAUACCACCCGCCACGCAGAGUUUUACGCCUCCGCGAGGAAGCCCUCAGCACCAUCACGUGGGAAGUGGAGGCAGGAGCAGUCCCCACCACAUGCAGGUCCCAAUGAGGUCCCCUUCUGCAAUGUCUGAAAGUGGUUCGCCUAAGAGCAAAGAGAUGCAAGUUCAUAUGAAUGAGUCCUUUAAAGAAACUGAUAAAGGCUUCAAUGGAGUCGAGAGAAGCUCUGUACCCCAACGGUUGACUGAUGGUUUUCCUGUAAAGUCCCCUGGCCCUGUUUCCUCUUCCGACUAUAACCAGGGUGUGCAGCAUCCAGCCGUGGACCUGGCGAAACCUGCAAAACAACGUCAGGAGAUGGGAGCUGCCGCAAAUGAGCUUAGUUCUUCCUCCAUCUCUGGACCGCCUCCACCACUGGCUAGUCCGCCUCGUAAAACAUUGACCCUGCCUAAUCAGUCAGGAUUUGCUUCAUCUACAACUUUGGGUGUCGGCACAAACGUGUCUCCAAACUCCCCUCUCACGUCACCGCCUCUGACGGUCCAAGGCCAAAGACCUGAGCUCUCUGCUCCUUCAUCAGCUGAUGCGACACCUUUAGGACUUAGUACAACUCCUUCAAUGUCUUCUCCUAAGAGCUCCAGAGCUCCACCUGCUGUGUCGCAUAGCCAGUCUGCGGUGUUUUCUUCUAAGAUGUUGGCGCAUCCUCCAACGGUGCCUGUGCCGCCUCAAACAGUUCCUCUGGCAGAGGCCCAGGGGUCAAAAAGUCCACAGGUCUCUCCAACACCUCUAUCUUCAGCUGCGUCUCCAUCUGUCGUCUCCGCUCCUCCUGCAUUGGCACCACUGAAAGGACCCCAAGAGGCAUCGCCUCUAACAGGCCAGAGUCCUAAACAUCCCGCUGCUUCCUCGACUCCAACAUCUGCUGCCGAUAACAUCUCUCUCCCAGCAGUCUCUGCACUUCCAUCUGUUGUCUCUGGUUCUCCUCAAGUCGCCGCUCUGGCUUCAUCAGCACCAUCUCCCGCUGUUAGCUUUUCUUCUCAGGCGUCCUCGGCACCUCUCAAUUUUUCUCCUGCUCCAAAUGCGUCUCGUUCCCUCGUUGGCUCUGCUGCUCAUCCCUCAGGCAUUGUGGCAAAUGUGGACGUUUCUUCUCACAGUCUGGGGCAGGUGGGUUCUCACAGUGUAGUACGGUACAACUUUGGGGAAUCGCACUCUACUCAAAAGACUCCUGGUAAACACGAGGCCUGUGUUUCCCAGAGUAAAGUCGGAGUCAUAAUCGGCACAUCCAAAAAGGAGUCCAACAGUGAGGGUCAAUCUGAGAUGCAUAGGGUCCCAACUCAUAGUAGAAACCUUGAACCGGCUUUUAUUGUUCCAAAGGAACCUGAGAGAGACACUAUGGCUGUUGGCAGGAAAGACUCGUAUGGUAUCAAAGAUCAGGCUACCCCGAGGAAAGGAGAAAGUGAUGCUUUAAAUGACACUUUUGGCACUGACACGUCACUAGACUAUCCGUCCUUGGCUGAGUCAACCUACCUUGAAAGCUCAAGAGCGGAGGAUGGGAGUUCGAUGAUGGACACUUUUGAUAAUUCUUAUAGUCUUUCCCAGAUGGGAGACCAAUCCAAGUUUACAGAAGGAUCCAUGUUUGAUGACUCCAGGGACUUGCUGGAGACUUCUUGUGAGGAAGACAACUUAAACAGCUCCAUGACCUCUACAAGUUCCACCGAGGAGACUUCCCUCAAAGAGAACAGGUCUCUCCUGGACAACUCUUCAAACAACACCUCGCAAAACUGCUCCUCCCUGCUUUCUCCAUCUAUUAAUGCCUCUACACACUCUAUCAAAGGUGAUCAGAUUCUUGGACCUGAAACUUCAGAUCUAUCUGGAGUUGACCAAAGAUCUGCGCUCUCUUUGACCGCUAAAGCUUUGCAAGUGGUUGUAAGCGGUUCUGUUGAAGGGACGUCCACACAUUUAUCUGAAGCACUUAUCGCCAUGCCAACAAAGAAGCCACGAAAGCCUAGGACCCCAAAGAUCCCAGUUGCUAUUGCUGAAAUUGGCUCUCCUGAUUCCAAGAUCAAGAAGCAGAAGUUAACACCUGAUGGCCCAAAGGUUAGAAGGAGAAAGAAAACAGAGGAGAACACAUCGACUGCAGUGAAGAAGAGGAAAAUCUCUAAAGAGUCAAAGGAACCGGAGAGCAUCCCAACGGAUAUCUCAAAUACUCCGCUUUACCUUCCAAAUGAACCACUGACCCUUGUCCUUGACUCAAGCCUGACCAAUAAUGGGAACCCAUUGGUCCAGCCCAAGAGGAUCUGGAAGCGUAAGAUGAAAGAAGGCGUGAAUGAGGCAAAGCCUUCCAAACCAGACAAAGCUGAGUUGGCAGAGGGUAAAGCUGAAGAUGAUGAUAACAGCUCCACAGCAGGCGACACACCAAGACGUAGGGUUGCAACCGAAGAGCAAGUCCAGUUCCCUUUGCAGCAUGGCUGGAAGCGAGAGAUUCGAGUCAGGAGGCAUGAGGACCGGCUGAAAGGGGAGACGUGGUAUUACAGCCCCUGUGGCCGGAGGAUGAAGCAGUUCCCUGAGGUCAUCAAGUUUUUGAAAAGGCAUCAGGAUGGUCUCGGGGGCGUUUCAAGAGAGCACUUCAGCUUCAGUCCACGCAUGCCAGUGGGGGAUUUCUAUGAGGAGAGGGAAACACCUGAGGGUAUGAAAUGGUUCCCCCUUGCCAAUGAGGAAGUGCCCUCCAUGAUCAUGGCUAUAACAGGGAGACGUGGUCGUCCUCCAAAUCCAGACAAAGAGCCUCGUCCUCGUGGACGCCGAGCCAAAGGAGCCCAAGGUAGACGACCCGGCCGACCCCCCAAGGCCAAGAUGGAGGAUCUGCUCAGCAAAGUGGACGCCAGGCUGAUGAAGAGACUGGAGGAAAAGGUGGAUCUCACUGAGGAUGAAAAAGUAAAACUGGUCAAGAUCAAGAAGAAAAUGAAGAGAAAGGCAAGAAUGAAAAGAAAGGAGGAUGCAAAGAAUAAAAAGAUCCGGCAGGAGAAACGGAAAGCAAAAUUGGAGAAAGCCAAAGAGCAAGAACAGGAUGAUGUAAACCAGUCUUCGUCAUUUGAAAGCCCUCUGUCGGCCUCAGAGGGGCCCAAGAAGCCCGGGCGCAGGAGGAAGGUGGCAGUACCAGCGGCAGAGACGCCGUUGGAUCCGGAGAAGGCCAGCCCAAUCAAGAGAGUGGCCCGGGCCCGCGUCAAAGCCAAGGCUCUCGCCAAGGCCCAGGCCCAAGCCGAAGCAGAAGCACAGGCUGCUCUGGCGGCGAAGAGGCAGGCGGAGAGGAGGGCACAGGCUCAGAGACGAAUGGAAGAGAGGAAGAGGCAGCAGAUGAUCUUAGAGGAGAUGAAGAAGCCCGCAGAGGACAUGUGUCUCCCUGAUCAUACGCUUCUCCCAGCGCUGUCACGGAUUCCAGGACUGGUGCUGUCCGGUGUGGCCUUCUCCAAUUGUUUGAGGGUGGUGGAGUUCCUGCAUGGUUACGGAAAGGUUCUGGGCCUCCAGGUGCCUAAGGAUAUUCCCAGCCUGAGCACCCUGCAGGAAGGGCUCCUCGGGGUAGGAAAGAGCCAGGGCGAGCUGCUGGAUCUGCUCAUUAAACUGGUGGACGCCGCUCUGCACGAUCCUGGACUGCCCUCGUAUUACCAGUCCGUGAAGAUCCUGGGAGAGAAGCUGGUGGAUCUGGAGCUGAGCCACAACACUGUGUCUGAAGUGCUGCGGAUCUUUCUGGAAGCCCAUGGUUUUGACUUGGAGGUGUGUAACAGUCUCCGUACAAAGAGCUUCCAGACCCUCAAAACCGACGCCAAAGCCUCCAUACUGGCCUUCCUGGUGGAGGAACUCAACAGCAGCAACAUAGUCACCAGGGAGAUUGAUAACACACUAGAGAAUAUGGCAACCUACAGGAAGAACAAGUGGAUCAUAGAAGGCAAACUACGCAAACUGAAAGCUGCGCUGAUGCGGAAGACGGGCCGCCCAGAGGAGGAGCUGUGCUUUGAGGAGCGCCGGCGCAGCGCUCGUGUUGGCGUGGCCGAGGAGGAGAGCAUCGAGGAGAACUGUUUGUUGGAGAGAGGGAGUCGCCGGAAAGCCAAAGAGGAACCCAAAAACACUGAGAUUGAGAGUCCUAAUACCUGCAGUGUUGCAGAGCUAGAGCGUCAGAUUGAUAAACUGACCAAGCGCCAAGUGUUUUUCCGUAAGAAGCUUCUACAGUCGUCACAUUCCAUGCGAGCCGUGUCUCUCGGGCAGGACCGGUACCGUCGCAGGUACUUGCUGCUGCCGUAUAUGGGAUGUGUCCUCGUGGAGGGAGCCGAGGAUAUCUUGGCUUCAGAUGAAGUGACGGUCAGUGAUGAGCCUGUGACUUAUGUGAAGGUCAUCCCAGUGAAAGCAGAGGUUAAAGCGGAGCCUCCCCUCUCUCCGGGUUUCGGCACCUCUUCUCCUCGAGCGUCCCUGCGUUCCCCCACGGAGGAGGAUCCUCUCCCCGGCGAGGCCUCUCUGAUGAGCAGCCCGAGAGGACGGGGACGCCCCCGCAAGAUCAAGCCGGAAGUGGAGCUCCACCUUCGAGCCGCCAAGAGCCGGCGGCGACGGCGCUGUAGCAGCAGAUCAACAGGUGAGGAUUCGGCCCUCAACUCCCCCGUGCAGGAUCCGGCUCAGCCCUGUCUCGAGCCGCGGGACGCCGAGGCGGACGACAGCACGCCGAUCGCGGCGUCAGGAGCCGGUCAGGGGGAGGAUAACAGCCAACCGGAGGACAGUAUGAGGGAGCAGGCAGAAAAGCAAGGCCAGUGGUUCAAUCUGUUGCCUAAGGAGCCGUGCGACGAGGCGUCUCUCGCGCAGCCGUGCGAGAACAUCCCUGCAUCCCCCGCGAAAGACACUCCGACACCCCUUGGCUGUGACCCGCUCCCCGCACCUCCACUGCAGCCGACACAGGUGCAGAUGGAGGCGGCUCCUCAGGUGUGCUCCACCCCUGCUCCGGCUCCCCGGGCCGGCAAGAGGCGCAGGAGAGGCAGCGGGCCGUCCCGAGUGCACUCUCGAUCCGGUGCGGCCAAGAGGCGUGGCAGACCUCCCUCCAAUCUCUUCCAGGAGGUCGAACUGAAGUACUUCACUCAACUGACGGUGAAGCCUAUUCCGUUAGAGAUGGUGAAGGGCUGGUGGUGGAUCAAAGAACCGGAGGAGCUGACGGCCAUACUGAGCGCCCUCCACCCACGAGGCAUUCGAGAGAAGGUUCUCCACAAACACCUCACCAAACACAUGGAGUAUCUGGCUGACGUCUGCAGACGUCCCGUGACCGAUCCCAUUUUUCAGAUGUCAGUGGAGGAUGGUGAAGCCCUGCUGGAAGUGUCUAAACAGGCGUGGAGUGAGCAGGAGAGAGCCUUGCGGUUGGACAUCAGUGUUCUCCAGUGGGUGGAGGACCUGGAGCAGAGGGUAGUCGGUGCAGACCUUCAGCUCAAGGUGCCUAUUCCCAAAACGGAGGCUGAAACGGAGGAUUGUCAGGAACCAUCAAGCUCUCAGUUUCAGAUCUAUACCCCUCCUGAGGCGGACUCCUCGCGGGACGACCUGCAGUAUUACGAGCAUGAGGUUGAUCCCAAGGACGACUGGAUGGUCAAGACUAAAAAGGAAUGGUCUGACCUCCUGCGGGUUCCCAGCAACCCCCUGGACCUGGCCGUUCUCCGCUUGACCAAUCUUGAGCGUAACAUUGAGCGGCGUUAUUUGAAGGAGCCGCUGUGGAAUCUGGCAGAGGUGGUCCGCUUGGCCCCUCUCACCCCUCCGCCCGGCGGCGAGGAGGUCCCGUUAGAUGCUGUCAGCUUGGAAAGUGAGAUCACACCCAGGUUGAGGACGUGGCGGCAGGGCCUGGACCGCUGCCGCAAUGCGUCUCAAGUCUCGCUCUGUCUACUACAGCUGGAGAAAGCCAUCGCAUGGGAGAGAUCCAUCAUCAAAGUGACGUGUCAGGUCUGCCGUAAGGGUGAUGACGACGAGUACCUGCUCUUGUGUGACGGCUGUGAUCGUGGGUGUCACAUGUUCUGCCUGAGGCCAAAGGUCAUGCAGGUCCCAGAAGGCGAUUGGUUUUGUCCCACCUGUGUUGCCAAGGAAAACGGAGACUCUCCGAGAUCACAGCGUUCGUCUCGUCAGAGGUCAAAGCCACGGAAACGGCGCCUUGGAGAAGAUAGUUCAGAUGAGGAUGAUGGGUACAAACGAGGCAUGACCACACGACAAAAAGAUACUCCAGCUUCAUCAAGUGGGACGAGCAUCUCCCCUUCAAAGCGCAGGAGGAUGACCACACGAAACCAGCCUGACCUCACCUACUGCGAGAUCAUUCUGAUGGAAAUGGAGGCUCACUCGGACGCCUGGCCUUUCCUGGAGCCGGUCAACCCUCGCCAGGUGCCCGGCUACCGACGCAUCAUCAAAACCCCCAUGGACUUCCUCACAAUGAGGGAAAGACUUCUGCAGGGAGGGUACUGCAGCUGCGAGGAGUUUGCUGCCGACGCUCAGCUGGUUUUCAACAACUGCGAACUCUUCAACGAGGACACGUCGGAAGUGGGCAAGGCCGGCCACUCCAUGCGCCGCUUCUUCGAGAGCCGCUGGGCAGAGUUUUACGAGAACAAGGACCAAUAGAGACGCUGCCCUCUGCUGCAUGGGAGGGACGCCACGCUCCUUUACUACUAAAAACUCUUUCUGGACAGCCCUCCAGUCCUAUGUAUGCAUACACAUGUAGAUAUAUGUAUAAAUUUGUUCUGUUGGUUUUACGAGUAUCUGUUUUUGCCCCCCUCCCCCCCAACCCACCUUGAUUUAAGGUUCAGACAUUUCUUUAUCACCUGGUGUUACGGCUUACAAACUUCUCAUCUUAAUUCGCUUUCAUCCGUCACUCCUUUGGGGGUUGAAGUACUUCUACAGGACUUGAUUGGGUCACACUUGAUGUCACGUGUCGCAGACACACCUCUAUCAGGACGUUCUCACUGUUUCGCCUUCUGCUCCUUAACGUACUGCUCGUGGACCACGCGUGUCCCCUUGAUUGAAAAUGUAACGUAACGUGCUUUCGAGACUAGAAGCAAUUUCCUCAGUAUAUUUUUCAUUAUAUACUAUAUAUACACACUUAAAGACAGAAAAAAAUAGUUGGGAUUAUUUAAUAGCAAUAGACUGUAGUGAAUCUGUACAGACAUGUCGUAGAGAGAUGUAUAAGUGACUCAUGAAACGGCCAGUAAACAUGCUAUAUCACGUGUAACUCAUCACGUCUUUUGCUUGUAGAAUAUUGGUCUUUUGAACUGGAGGUUUGCCAUCUUUUACUAAGGAUUCGUUUUUUUUUUUGUUUUUUUCUGUCAUGCCCCCUAAACCCAGAAAAUCAGUGUUCGUUCAUGAUGAAAUCUGACGUAAUGCCAAUAGCUGAAUCAUUUAGGCCGGUUUUAACUGGAUUUUUAAGCUCCGCUAGCUAGAUAGCCAUUUUCAAAGCUUUUGCUUGGUGUAUGACUAUUGUCUGUGGGGAAAAAAAAACUUUAGAUCGUAUAUAUAUAUUGGUUUAUAUGGAAGGGAUAUGUACGUACUUAUGACAGUAUAGGUUCGUUAGCGCCGCUUAUUUUCAUUGGAACAAAAUCUUCGCUGUCUCUUCAGUGUGACUGUAUCCGCUUUGCUAUUGGUUUUCAUGAACAUGAUGAUUUGUUAUAAACCCUUGAUCCAUCCUCAGAUGUUUAGACUGUUUUAUGUGUUUUAAUGAUGUGUGUGUGUGUGAUUGUUUGAACCUGGACCAACUCCAUCAAAAAGGAUAUUGUAACCAUGCUUUCUCAAAUGAAAAUGCCUUGCGUCAUUAGUGGUUGAACUGACCCAUAAGGAUUUGCGAAAUCUGAGUGUUUUCAUUGCUCCCCCUUAUUAUUCCAAAGCAGGAUACACACCGAGUAGAGGAGAGCGCAGUAGAGCACACUAUCCAUGGUCAUUCAUACACUGAGCAGGAGAUGCACCAUUCACUCUGUUCCUCCUCAUACAAAAAGGGACAUUUGCUUCUCCUAAUUUUUUUUUUUUAACAGAUGGAAAACCUGAAGACAGUACUAGAACAUUCAACCAAAUGUGGUGUUAGUGAAUUUUUAAUAAUGUACAGUUUUUGUGACUUUAAAUUUGUUCCUUUCUAUAUUUUUAGGACCAAUAUAUCGUUUUUAAGAGGCGACAUUAAAUGACCAUGUUGUUUCAAGGUUAUGUAACACGCGUGCAUCUGUAGAAUGUACUGUAACAGAAAUAAAACACCUAGUAGACGAA